AGACUUCAAUUUUGACGAUUUACCUCAUUCCACUUUCAAGCAAGCAGUGGCUGCAACUGGAUAGUUUGUGUGGUAUAUUGAUUCUUUUGACUUAAAGAGGUUACAGCUGGCACUUAUAUUUAUAUUUUGAUUUUUAUUAGUGCUUGUUUGGAGUUGUGAAGUGAACAGUGUUAUUUUUCCCGCCAGCUAUACUAGGUAAUAUUUGCAAUAUGUCUAAAUCACCAGAAUUCCAACCCCAGUUUCAAGAGAUUGCUCAUUAUUCGCUUGAUGAGCUCACAUCAUUGGAAGAGAAACUCACCCGGGAAUUUAGAUCUCUCGGAGAGAAGUAUUUGACUGCUAGACUUUCUCGAAUAAACACCAUGAUUGACAAACUAAAUAAUCUGAUAAAAUUGUCAGUUGCCAACGACAAGAAUUGGCUCAAGAUUUAUAAUUUUGAAAUCGAGACUAUAAACAACAUAAAGACCAAUACCGAGGAUUUAGUAUUGAUGAAUAACGGUAUGCUUACUCCUACUAAUGAUAUUUUGAAAUCCGUGGAUGAGUAUGAAGAGGAAUUAAAGGAGAUAUUCAAAAAUUUGCAAAGUCCUCUAGAUUUCGACGAUACCAUAACUAGAAGCGAUCUGGAUCACCAAGAAAUCUCUGCCAAAUUGCCAUUCCCAUAUCUAUUCACGCAAUUAUUUGCACCUCAUAGACAAUAUCUCAAGACAGUUAUAAAUGAAAAAGAUUAUCAAACAAAGUUAAUCGGGAAUGUACUGAAGGGUAACUCUGUGGUUAUUUGGAAGCAGUAUUACACUAAUAUGAUUAAACGAAAACAAGAAUUGACUCAACAAACAUUGGAUGAUUUGAAUCGGUUAUACAGGGAGUAUCAUCACUUGGAUAGUCAGCGAGUAAUGGAGAAUCACAACAAAUACUAUUAUCGGUCAGUUUUAUCUCCGCAAGAACUAGUCAAGACGUUUAACACCAGCUCUAGAAGAGAAUUAGAUGCAUUUAAAGGUAACCACGAUUCAGAUUAUGUUAAUCUUGACACCAGGCUCAUUCAAAAGAAUAAGAUUGAAUUAACAUCAAUAAGAAGAGAUAUAAAGGAUAAGAAUAGGCAUGUUUACAAACUUGAUGAAACCAGGUCUUUAUUAAAGAGAAAACUAAAGAACCAGGAGGACGAAGUAGCUAAAAGAAUUAAACCAUGUGAUGGUUUGGAUCCUAAUGAUAUUGAACAAGAUCUUUGGCUUUUGAAACGAAAAGAAGUAAUCGAGGAUGAUGACGAACUGGAAGAUUAUGACGACGAAGACGCCGAAUACGAGGAACAAUCACCUGAACAAAAAGAAUUACGGGAUAAAUACACACAACUUCUAGGACUAUCUACAGCAACAGAAACACCAUUAAUAAUUUCAGAUUUGCCCCCGGUGGAGAAAUUCCCGAGGUUGAUUGAUGGAUUAAAUUACAAACUUAAAUAAACCUAAUCCUUUUCUAAUAAAAUACUGGCAUUUUUCAAAUUUGCCUCUUCAAUCGUUUGAUGUAAAGACUCUAUAAAUUUAAAUGAUUUGUUUGAACUGUUGGACAAAUUAAAUUUAUCUUCUGAGGAAAUUCCAAAUUCCUCUCCUUGCUGUUGUAAUACGUAUUUCAACCAUUCAAAUAAACUUUGGAUUGUAUCUGAAGGGUUUAAUUUUCGUACUAAUCUCUUCCCGUUGGGGAAUCUUAUUUGGACUCGAGUGAAUGGUUGUGCAUCAGGUUCUGCAUGAUUAAUUGGUUGAAUUGCUUCAAAUGGAUCUUGUGGAGUUGCAGGUGGCGGAGUUUCUGGUGCUUCGGCAAAUGCUUCCUCGUCACUAUCAAGAAUAAUGGCAUCAUUUUCAGUAUUCCCCGCACUUUCCAACAUUGAUUGUUUCAUAGCUAACUCAAUUUGUUGUUCUUCGGUUAAACUGUCAGGAUCAAUUUUAACGUCAUGGGUAACUAAUGGGUUUCGUGAAUCGGGUAAUAAGGAAAAUUUAUUUAAGAAGUCGUCAACUUGAGAUAACCAUUCAUCUACUUUAGGAACUUCUCCGUCUUGCCAUUUGUACACUCUUUCCCCAGUCAAUGGAUCCAAUAUAGCUAAAUGAGGGAAUGCAUCUGCAUGGUAAAAAUUUACAUAAGUUUCACCAUUUGGAGAGUCUCGUUGAUAUUGCAAAAAGAUAAAAAAUUCCUUGACUACUUGUUUAACAUGUUCAUUGGACCAGAAAUCUCGAUUCAUAACUUGUGAUUGAAAUUCCAGAGAGUCUUGAAUGUUUAUUAAAAUCCAUUUGGAAGUUUCUUUACCUUGUUGUUUUGCCAUGUCAAGAUUUGCCACGGUGAUGAUAUCAAAUGGAGGUCUAAACAAUGCAGCCAAUCUUCUUUGAGUUGAGGUUAAUUCUUGAUCUCUUGAUUCUCUAAGUCUUCUUCUUCUGCUGACUGGUCUAGCUUCCUCAUCGGAGUCAUCGUCAAGUAUUUCUAUAUCGUCCUCGUCAUCGUGAGCAUCAUAAUAAUCAUGAUCUUCCUCCUCGUCGUCUUCCAAUUCUUCAAACCGGUUAUCAAAAUUGAAUUGUUGAUGGAAUAUACCUUGUUGCCUUUGACCAAAUAUAUCACUUGGUCUGGUGAAAUUGGCCAUGCCAGGAUGGAAUCCUCCACCCAAUGAGUCCACUAAUGUCUCAUGCCUGUGAAUGUUCGCAUCUGCUUCUCUAACUUGUUCCCCUUGAGCAUAAGCUUCUUCUUGUAAUCGUUUAGCUAAUUCUUCAUCAGAUCCAGGGGUAGUUUCAUUUGGAAUAGCAUUACUACUAGUAGCAGUUGUGUUAUGCUGGCCUUGUUCCAUAUACAAUUGCACAGCAUACUCUAAAUCUCCACCGGUUGCCUCCAAGAAUUGCUUAGCAAUUGCCUCAUCUUCUACCCCCGUGACUGCUAAAAAUGUUGGGAUUUGUUCAUCCAUAGUUGCAAAAUUCAACUUCUUUUACCCAACACUUGGAAGUGGUAUACUUCAGUCCAACAAUAUAUUGU